AUGCCUCCCAUUCGAAACAAGUCGGUCCUAGUCAUCGGCGGCUCCUCUGGUAUCGGCUACGCCGUCGCAGACGGAGCUCUUGCCGAGGGCGCCAGGGUGCGCAUCGCAUCGUCCAAUGCCUCGCGCGUGCAGCAGAGCGUCGCAGCCCUGAAGCAGAAGCACCCCGAGGGCGACGUUGCGGGGUACGUGUGUGACCUGACGAGCCCAGACCUCGAGCAGAAGCUCGACGAGCUGCUCGCGGCCGUCCAGCCGCUUGAUCACGUCCUCCUCCCGCGCUACAUCACGCCAGGCUACCAGUCCUCCCUCACGCUGACGACCGGCGCCGCCAGCGACAAGCCGCUCCCGAACUGGUCGCUGAUCGGCGGCUUCCUGACCGGGCUGCAGGGUCUCACGCGCAACCUGGCGCUCGAUCUGAAGCCGCUCCGCGUGAAUGUAGUCAGCCCCGGCCCGGUUGCCACCCCGUACCUCGGCCCCCCUAGCGUGGCCGACCAGUUCAAGGAGCACACGACGCUCGGCAAGAUUGGGACGCCUGAAGAGGUGGCGGAGGCGUAUCUCUACCUGAUGAAGGACACGAAUGUCACGGGAAGCAUGAUCAGCACGAACAGCGGCGCGCUCUUGGUGUAG